GCGGUGGAGACUAUGGGAUGUUGUCACUCCUUUCUGAGGCCCUCCAAGACUUUGGUUCACUAAUCGAGCACCGUUUAGCUCUUCCACCAAUAUCUGUUUUAUCAGAUCCAGGAGGGCUAAUCAAUGAAGAGCUGAUAAAGUUGGCAAAUAUAACUCAAUCUCGUGUUUUCAUUGUUUUGCACUCAUCCUUGGAAAUGGUGACACAUUUGUUCAGAGAAGGUUCGAGGAUGGGACUUGUGGAUAGAGAAACAGCUUGGAUACUCCCAGAGAGCGUAACUAAUUUUCUUGAAUCUGUGGAUAAGUCUGUCAUUUCCUCUUAUAUGGGAGGAUCUUUAGGAAUCAAGACUCACUGCUCACACAAUAGCAGUGAAUAUCAUGACUUUCGAGCUCGGUUCCGACAAAGUUUUCGUGCAAAGAAUCCUGAGGAAGAUAAUAGCAACCCAGGAUUUUAUGCUUUGCAAGCACGUGAUAGCAUCAAACUUGUCAUUCAAGCAGUAGAAAGAACAGCAAGUGACAAAAGAAGUAGCCCAGAGGCCAUGCUAAGAGAAAUAUUGUCUAGCAAUUUCCUUGGUUUAAGUGGGCAAAUUCAUUUUGAAGCAGGUGCGCUCUUGCAGAAUCCUAUCCUAAGGAUAGUUAAUGUAGUUGGGAAGAGUUAUAAAGAAAUAGAUUUUUGGACUCAAGAAAAUGGGUUCACCACAAGCCUGCCUACAAGAAAAAGUGAAGAAAAUGCUACUGCUGACACACACAGUUUGGAUGGGGUUGAACGAUGGCCAGGGAAUUCCGAGAGGGUUCCAAAAGGUUGGAAUAUGCCUACAAAGAGAAAGCCAUUGAAAAUUGCAGUGCCGGGAAGAGCUUCAUUUUCCAAGUUUGUCAAAGUAGACUAUGGAAAGAAUCCUAAGGGAUUCUGCAUUGAUAUAUUCACAAAGGCUCUUGGACUUUUGGAUUAUGAUCUUCCCUACGAGUUCCACCCUCGCAAUGUAACUUAUCCUGAUCUGAUUCAACUGGUGUACAACAAGACUUAUGACGCAAUGGUUGGAGACAUGACUUUACUGGCAGAGAGACUGCAAUAUGUGGAUUUUACUGUGCCAUAUACAGAAUCAGGAUUGUCAAUGAUAGUUCCAGUGAAGUCUGAAGACUCAACAUGGAUGUUUUUGAAGCCCUUCACCUGGAAAGUGUGGGUGGUUACUGGUACCAUCUUGAUUUACACAAUGUUAGUAGUUUGGUACCUUGAACGAGCACCUAAUCCAGAGUUUCAUGGCAAUUGGAAGGACCAGUUUAGUACUGCUUUUUGGUUUACCUUCUCCUCUCUAUUCUUUGCCCAUAGGGAGCAAAUGCAUAGCAACUUAUCUCGUAUGGUGAUGGGAGCAUGGCUGCUUCUAGUUAUGGUUCUAAACUCAAGCUACACAGCUAGCCUUUCUUCAAUGCUAACAGUUCAACAACUGAGGCCAAAUGUCACAAGCAUCGAGUGGCUGAAGAUGAACAACAUGAAAAUUGGCUGUGAUGGUGACUCAUUUAUCAGGACAUACCUACAGAAAGUUGAAAAGUUCAAGCCAGAAAACAUCAUCACUGUAAAUAGUGAGAACUAUUAUGACAGCAAUUUCAAAAACAACUCGAUCGCAGCCGCUUUUCUUGAACUCCCUUAUGCAAAAGUGUUCAUGAGUAAAUACUGUAAGGGAUACUCUAGUACCAAGCCCGCCACCAGAUUUGGAGGACUAGGCUUUGUGUUCCAGAAAGGCUCUCCAGUGGCCAAAGAUAUUUCUAAAGCAAUAUUGCAACUGUCAGAGCAAGGAGAACUGACCAACUUGGAAGCAAAUUGGUUAUAUAGCUCAAAAGAUUGCUCUAACAACACAGAUUCUAAUGAUACACAGAGUUUAAAGCUUGGAAGUUUCUGGGUUCUCUUUGUCAUUUCUGGGGUCACAUCUACCAUUUGCUUGCUAUUUUCUAUCAUCCAGUCAUUAGGCUUUUUUCGUAGCCCUCAAAAUGUGGCUGAAGAAGGUCAUAAUGAACCCACAAGUGAUACUAGAACUAGAGUUUGGUUAAGAGCUAUUGAAUUGGCUAAGCAGAUUUACAGCAGAAAGCUUAUUAAGGAACCUGGGCCCACAAGUGAGGCACAACAAGAUGUAACUAAUUGUUCUUCUAGAUGGGACUGUGUCAGUGCCAUUGAACAAGGUUCUACAUCACCAGUGUCAACAUUAACUGUGCUCUGUCUCUCUACCACACGAAACACAAAUGGGAACUCUUGAUAAUAGAUGAUUUACAAGGAGCG